GGCAUUAGUACUUGGGUUGUCCCAAUGUGCACUUGCUUCGAUAUACGCAUCGGUUUUAAUAUGUAACAACAUUCAAUUAGAUUCUCGAAGAUCCGUCUUUAAAAAAUCAAACCAAAAAUCAAGAUAAAAAGUAUAUAUAUAUAUAUAUGUAUAUAUAAAGUGUCAAGAGACAUACCUGCACAAUGACGAGCUUGCACGUGUGGGCUGUGCUAUUAUUUAUCUUCAUUGUCCUGCAUGAUGCUCCACGUCUAGGACUUGCCACUGCCAGAUCGAUGAAUUACAAUAAUCCAAGAUUUUUUAAGAUCGGUGGUGUUCUCUCAAAUGACGAUAGUAAAAGUCACUUCGAAAAGACGAUUGAUCAUCUCAAUUUCGAUUCCCAAUACGUCAAUAAAGGGGUUACGUACAAGCACACGGUAAUCGAAAUGGACUCCAACCCGAUCAGAACCGCAUUGAGCGUUUGCAAAUCUCUAAUAGCUGAGCAGGUGUACGCGGUGGUUGUGUCGCAUCCCCUUACCGGCGACUUAUCGCCGGCCGCAGUUUCGUACACCAGCGGUUUCUAUCACAUACCUGUGAUUGGCAUAUCGUCCAGAGACUCUGCCUUCUCAGACAAAAAUAUCCACGUUUCAUUUUUGCGCACUGUACCGCCGUAUUCGCAUCAAGCGGACGUCUGGGUGGAAUUGUUGAAACACUUCAACUACAUGAAGAUCAUCUUCAUCCACAGCUCUGACACGGAUGGUCGCGCACUCCUCGGUCGUUUCCAGACAACGUCGCAAAACCUGGAGGAUGAUGUAGAAAUUAAAGUGCAUGUUGAAAUAGUUAUCGAAUUUGAACCCGGAUUGGACAACUUUGUGGACCAAUUGACGGAGAUGAAAAGUGCACAGGCGAGAGUUUGCCUUAUGUAUGCUUCGAAAACGGAUGCGAGAGUGAUCUUCAGGGACGCUGCCGCUAUGAACAUGACCGGCGCUGGUUACGUAUGGAUCGUUACCGAGCAAGCGUUGGAUGCUCCGAAUGUGCCGGAGGGUUUAUUGGGAUUAAAGUUAAUCAACGCCACCCAAGAGAAAUCGCAUAUCACUGACAGUUUAUAUGUACUUGUAUCGGCAUUACGAGCGAUGAAUCAAACGGAAAAGAUUACCGAGGCACCGAAAGAUUGCAGCGAUUCCGGUUCCAUAUGGGAGACUGGCAGAAGUCUUUUCCAGUACAUUCGUAAAGAAGUGUUGCCGUAUGGCAUGACAGGUCGUGUGGCAUUUGACGAUAAUGGUGAUCGCAUAUUCGCCGAGUAUGACAUAAUGAACAUCCAAUACACAGGUCCUGACAAUAAGACACAAGUGUCCGUCGGUCAAUACUUUUACCCCACUAACGGUACCAAGAUGAAAUUGCGAGUGAACGAGUCCAACAUCAUAUGGCCGGGUCGUUUAAACACCAAACCCGAAGGCUUCAUGAUACCAACGCAUCUAAAGGUGUUGACGGUCGAGGAGAAACCGUUCGUUUACGUCCGCGAGCUGGCCGACGGCGAGACUAAAUGUUUGCCCGAGGAGAUCGCAUGCCCCCACUUUAACACGACUGAAAACGAGAACACGCGGAUGUUUUGUUGCAAAGGAUACUGCAUGGAUUUACUGAAAGAACUAUCGAAGAUGAUUAAUUUUACGUACAACUUGGCACUGUCGCCCGACGGUCAAUUUGGCAGCUAUAUGAGAAACACUUCAGUUGCGGGAAAGAAAGAAUGGACCGGUCUUAUUGGCGAGAUAGUAAGCGAACGGGCUGAUAUGAUUGUCGCGCCAUUAACAAUCAACCCCGAACGCGCUGAGUUCAUUGAGUUCAGCAAGCCGUUCAAAUAUCAAGGCAUCACUAUUCUUGAGAAGAAGCCUUCAAGAUCGUCUACUCUAGUGUCCUUCUUACAACCGUUCAGCAACACCCUUUGGAUUUUGGUAAUGGUGUCGGUGCAUGUGGUGGCACUGGUUCUGUAUCUGCUCGAUCGAUUUUCACCCUUCGGCAGAUUUAAACUUGCCAACACCGAUGGCACCGAAGAAGACGCGCUUAAUCUAUCCAGUGCUAUAUGGUUCGCUUGGGGUGUGUUAUUGAACAGCGGUAUAGGAGAAGGCACCCCACGGAGUUUUUCUGCACGUGUAUUGGGAAUGGUAUGGGCCGGAUUCGCUAUGAUCAUCGUCGCAUCGUACACUGCCAAUUUAGCUGCGUUCCUCGUAUUGGAACGGCCUAAGACUAAGCUCACCGGCAUCAACGACGCUCGACUUAGAAAUACAAUGGAGAAUUUGACGUGCGCGACGGUGAAGGGAUCCGCUGUGGAUAUGUAUUUUAGACGCCAAGUAGAAUUGUCCAACAUGUACCGCACGAUGGAGGCGAAUAAUUAUGACACCGCUGAAGACGCGAUACGCGACAUUAAAAUUGGGAAAUUAAUGGCAUUCAUUUGGGACAGUUCGCGACUGGAAUUUGAAGCGGCCCAAGAUUGUGAAUUAGUUACGGCUGGCGAAUUAUUUGGUCGUUCGGGAUAUGGAAUUGGUUUGCAAAAAGGAUCCCCUUGGGCGGACGCUGUAACAUUGGCAAUUUUAGAUUUUCACGAAAGUGGUUUUAUGGAAAGUCUCGAUAAUCUCUGGAUCCUGCACGGUAAUAUUCAACAAUGUGAACAAUUUGAAAAAACGCCGAACACUCUCGGCCUGGAGAACAUGGCAGGGGUGUUUAUUGUCGUCGGCGUCGGUAUCGGCGGUGGGAUCGGUCUAAUUAUAAUUGAGAUGGCAUAUAAGAAACAUCAAAUACGUAAGCAGAGAAAGAUGGAAUUGGCGAGACACGCGGCCGACAAGUGGCGAGGGAUGAUCGAGAAACGGAAAACACUGCGAGCAUCGAUAGUUACGCAGAGAAGAAUUCAGAGCAAUGGUUUGAAUGAUCCCGCGACGGUGAGCUUAGCGGUCGACACGGUCGCCAGAUCGAAUGCAGGUUCGCGUAGUCCAGGUCGCGCCUGGCCUGGCGACAGCGAUUUAAGACAACGGCCGAUUUCUCGUUCUGAUGACAUCCGAUUGUCACCCGCCGCCUACACAGCCGAUGUAUCGCACCUUAUAGUUUAACCGUAUUAAUUUGUAGUUUUUUAUCAGGUAAGAAAUGCUGUGUCAAUCAUUUCUAGUGAAUUAUUAUGAAUGAGACUCAUCCCAGCCUUUCUCAUAGCAAGAUAUAAUCGAAAGAAUAUUCAAUUAAUUUGUUUCGUAAUCAUCGGAUAUAAGCGUGAGAUAUAUUUAAGAUGAUUAAUCGUCCACUCGUUAAAUAUUUAUAGAACAUUACAAAUAAUAGUAUAAAAAUUUUUUAAAAUAUAUUUAUUAAUUUCUUUUUCGAGAAAAUAAACAACGAUUCACUAAUGCUG